UUAUUGUCAAAUUGUCAUUCGUUGCAGCUGUAAUCUGUGGGUGUUUACAAAAGACUACGGAAUAAUACCCGACAAAAAAUACAAGGGGGAAGGACAAAGAAAGUGUUGGUGUACAGUCCUUUUCUUUUGCCUGUUACACAUUAUGUCAAAGUGAUAUUGUAAAGUUAUAACAGUGAUAUAAAAGUGAAAAUCAUAUGACCUUCCUUAGUAAAUAUUUAUCUACGAAGUUACUAUAGGAACCAUCGCUAUGGAGGGCUUAGCAUCGUCUCCGGAGGAGACGACCUGCUCUGAAGGGGAAGAAGAGCACAAACGGUACGCGAACCAUCAAGGUAACCAGUCAAAUGUUCAAGGUGCUUCCUCCCAGCAGACCAACUCUUUCAAUGCGCUCAAUCAACUGGAAGACAAAAUGCGACGUAAACUACAGUUUUUCUUCAUGAACCCCAUCGAGAAGUGGAAGGCCAAGCGGAAGUUCCCGUAUAAGUUCGUCGUCCAAGUCAUUAAAAUCGUGCUAGUCACGCUACAGCUCUGUUUGUUCGCCCACAACAGAUACAACCACGUGAAUUACACAUGGGAUAACAGAAUCAGCUUUUCGCAUCUUUUCCUACUUGGUUGGGAUUCAACAAGGGAAAUAAAUGCUUACCCACCAGGAGCAGGACCCCUAGCUGUCUACAAACUGGAUGAGUUCUACAAUACCUUAGACUAUGCAUAUACUGGUUACGCCAACUUAUCCAAUGCUAUUGGGCCAUAUUCUUACAAUGAUGAAAACAAUAUAAUGCCUGAUCCAGUUUUCUGCCAGUACAACUACAAAGAAGGCAUAAUCAAUGGUUUCAAUGAAAGCUAUGAAUUCAACUCAGAAAUUGUGGAAACUUGCAUUAACUUCACGAGGAAUGAUGGAGAAGGAUUCCAGUCUCAAAGAUUUCUAUCAAAUGCUGGGUUGAACAUUAGCUUUGCUUCCCUUGUCAGAGCAAAAUUGAUGUUUUCAAUUAAAACAAUUAAUUUUAGAGCGGCAGGUCCUAUUACCCCUCCAGAUUGCUUCAGAUUUGAUGUGGAAAUCAUAUUUGAUAAUGAAGACCAUGAUGGACAAAUGUCAUUGUCUUUAGAGGCUGAACCUUAUAAACUAUUGUGUAAAGGGGACAAAACUUACAUAACUGAUAAUCAGAUAGACCAAGUUCUCCGGAGUAUUUUAAACAUUCUUGUCAUCUUAAUAUGCACAGCAUCAUUGGCAUUAUGCAGCAGAGCUAUAUACCGGGCUCAGUUACUAAAAGAACUCACUGUACAAUUUUUCCAGCGAGCAUACAAUAAAGAACUGAGUCUAGACGGACGUCUGGAGUUCCUCAACAUUUGGUACAUUAUGAUUAUAGUUAACGACAUCCUCAUCAUCAUGGGUUCAGCAAUCAAGGAACAAAUUGAACGCAACCAGUUUACAAAUGAUCAAUGGAACGUCUGUUCAUUAUUUUUGGGAACCGGAAACCUUUUGGUUUGGUUUGGAGUACUGAGGUAUUUGGGUUUCUUCAAGACAUAUAAUGUUGUUAUAUUGACAUUGAAGAAAGCUGCUCCAAAGAUAUUCAGGUUUUCAGUGUGUGCUUUACUGCUUUACGCAGGAUUUAUGUUUUGCGGUUGGCUUAUACUUGGACCGUAUCACAUGAAGUUUAGGUCCUUAGCUACAACUUCAGAAUGUCUCUUCUCUCUUAUUAAUGGAGAUGACAUGUUCGCGACAUUCUCCAUUAUGUCUAAGAAGUCACCAAUGCUGUGGUGGUUCAGCCGUGUUUAUUUAUAUUCUUUCAUCAGCUUGUACAUUUAUGUUGUACUCAGUUUGUUUAUUUCCGUAAUUAUGGAUGCUUAUGAUACUAUUAAGCAAUAUUAUAAAGAUGGUUUCCCGAAGAGUGAUUUACACCAGUUCAUUGGCGAAACUAGGGUCGAAGAAGUAUCUUCUGGUUUAUAUAGAACGCAGAGUUCGACAUCUUUGAAUGCAGUAAUGAAUUCGUUAUUCUGUUGUAACUUUUAUAGAAGUGCAUACUCAAAGAUCGGUGGAGGCAGCUCUAACCAUAACUUGUUGUAAGUACUUUAUGGUGUUAAACCUUGUAGAAAUCUAAUAAAAUUGUAAAUAGAAGUUCUAAUUAUCUCGGUUUAUUGCCGUUAUCGUAAGUGUAUAUUAGAUAUUAGAAUAUAUCUGUAUAAAUGUCGCAAUUUACUUUAUUCGAUAUUAUUUAUCAAUUAGUUAAACCGAUGUACCUUUGUCCAAAACAGUUCGAACCAAAGAUGUAACUGCUUAAACUCUUUUCGAA